AUGGAGACCCUCGUUGAGAAUGGCGAUGGCCAACUCACCAUCCACAAUCUCUCGCCCCCUACCAAACGAAAACCCACGAGUACGGGGCCCUUGACUGCCCAAGACAAGGAAAACCAGAAACGGGUGGCCGACGCACGUCGAAAAUACGGUCGAGGGCGCCCUGUCCGCGUGAACGAGGUCAAGGACAAGAAACUACGUGCGAACCUGAAGAGGAUCGAGAACAAAUAUCGCACCGCGGUCAUGAGCGCCAAGGAUGCAGAGAUCCUGUACGAGAACGAGGAAGGGUUUCUGCAACCGGAGACGGAACUUGAGAAAACAUACAAGGUCCGACAAGCUGACAUACUGGACGCCGUCGGUAUCCAGCAGGCGAACAAGUCGAUUGAAUUCAAGCUCGACUUGGGCCCGUACGUCUCCGACUACACGAGGAACGGGCGCAGUUUGCUGCUCGCCGGAAGAAAAGGCCAUAUUGCCACUUGCGAAUGGCGCGCCGGCAAGCCAGGAUGUGAGCUGCACUUGAACGAGACAGUAAGAGAUGCGAAAUGGUUGCACAACGAUCAAUAUUUUGCCGUGGCGCAGAAAAAACACACGUACAUCUACGAUCAUGCCGGAGUCGAGAUCCAUUGUCUCAGAAAAUAUGUCGAGGCCACACAUCUCGAAUUCUUGCCCUACCACUUCCUCCUUGCUGGCAUCGAGAACAGCGGAUUUCUUCGAUACACGGAUACUUCAACCGGUCAGGUAGUGGCUGAGCACCCAACCCGAAAAGGAGCGCCGACGGCUCUCGCUCAAAAUCCAUACAAUGCCAUUCUUCACGUUGGUCACCAGAACGGCACCGUCUCGCUAUGGUCGCCCAACUCCACGACGCCCCUGGUCAAGAUCCAAUCCAAUGCCGGUCCUGUGCGGUCCAUAGGAAUCGACCGCUCAGGCAAUUACAUGCUGUGUGGUGGACAAGAUCUGCGUCUGAAACUCUGGGACAUCCGUGCCUGGAAAGAGAUUCACUCGUACACGACGCGGCAGCCGGCUUCUUCGAUCGAUAUAUCCGACCGUGGCCUUGCAGCCGUGGCGAGCGGUACGGCCGUGACGAUCUGGAGAGACCUUCUCACCACCUCCCCGUCCUCCGGACCUCCCAAAGUCCAAUCGCCCUAUCUCAACUGGGGCAACGACGGCCGCCGCGUCGAACGCGUGCAGUUCUGUCCGUUCGACGACAUCCUUGGCAUCUCGCACGCGGACGGGUUCAGCAGCAUCAUCGUGCCCGGCGCCGGCGAACCCAACUACGAUGCCCUCGAGGUCAACCCGUACGAGACGCGCAAGCAGCGACAAGAGGCCGAGGUCAAGUCCCUCCUCACGAAACUCCAGCCGGAAACCAUCGCCCUGGACCCCAACUUCAUCGGCACGCUGGACAGGCGCAGCGCGGAGCAGCGCCGGCGUGAAAAAGACCUCGACGCGCCCGCCGAGGAUCCUCUCGCGAAACUCAAGGCUCGCGAGAAGAAUCGGGGCCGAGGCAAGAACAGUGCGCUCCGAAGACACUUGCGCAAGAAGGGUGGGAAGAAUAUCAUCGACGAGAAGAGGAUGAGACUCGAGGAGAUGAAGAAGGAGAGGACGGAGAGGGAGAGGGAGAAGUUGAAGCAGGAUAAACUCGAGCUGGGCCCGGCGUUGUCGAGGUUCGCGAGGAGAGGUGCAUAG